UCAGAAAUCAUUGAUAGAAUUUUAAUCUAGUCCAGACUUAGGUGUUCGCUACAUUAUGAAAUAUUUGUUAACAUUAUUGAUGGCUUUGAGCCUAGUGAACUUAAUGCUCACGAGGCCAACUCCCGAAGACGAUGGUGGUACCAGUGAGGAACCACAAACUCAGGAAACGACCGGCGAAACCACCGGAAGCGACGAAAAAAAGGGAGCAUCCGAAGAGCCAAACGCCGACGAUGCUUCUAAGACAGACGACGUCGAAGAAAAGGGAGAUGACGAUACGGCCAAAAAGGAAGACGAUGGUGAAAGUAAGGAUGGCGAAGGAUCUGAAAAGUCCGAUAAAGAGAAGGGUGAACCCAAAAACGAUCCCCGAGAAACGUACAACAAAGUGAUAGAGCAACUGGAUCAGAUCAAAGUGGACAACGUGGAGGACGGUCACGAGCGGUCCGAGCUCGCCGCUGACAUACAGAGAUAUCUACGUAACCCAAUAGUGGACGUAAUCGGAUCGGCCGGUGACUUCUCGAAGAUUGCAAAAUGUUUCAAAUCGAUGGUUGGCGACGCGAAAAAGGCCAUUGAAGAGGACGUUAAAGGGUUCAAGGAAUGUACCGCCAAGAAGGACAGCAACGCUUAUCAAUGUUCUCAAGAUCGAAGCACAGUGCAGGAUAAAAUCGCGAAAAUGAGUUCCAAGAUCGCGUCUUGCGUUGCUUCCAAUAGAUCAUGAGCGGUAUGAGUAAUAAAUAAUGAUAAUUUUGCUAUAUAUUAAAAUAUCCAAUAAAAUAAUCAAAUCACAUA